AUGGAUACAGCUGCUUCUUUGGGGAUUUCUGGGAAGGAACCUGUGUACCAGUGGGUUUCAAGUAAGGAUAGACGGGGCUCUUCGAGCACUAACCCAGCCGCCAACUCUCCAGCAGCCACAAAGACUCGGAACACAUCUAAGAGUGGGAAGAACUUUCACUACAUCACCAUCCUCCGGGACCCAGUGUCCCGGUACUUGAGUGAGUGGAGGCAUGUCCAGAGAGGCGCUACAUGGAAAGCAUCUCUUCAUGUCUGCGAUGGGAGACCCCCGACCUCUGAAGAGCUGCCCAGCUGCUACACAGGUGAUGAUUGGUCUGGCUGCCCCCUCAAAGAAUUCAUGGACUGCCCCUAUAAUCUGGCCAACAACCGCCAGGUGCGCAUGCUCUCCGACCUGACCCUAGUAGGCUGCUACAACCUCUCAGUCAUGCCUGAAAAGCAACGGAACAAGGUCCUUCUGGAAAGCGCCAAAUCCAAUCUGAAGCACAUGGCAUUCUUCGGCCUGACGGAAUUUCAGCGCAAGACCCAGUACCUGUUUGAGAAGACCUUCAACAUGAACUUUAUUUCGCCGUUUACCCAAUAUAAUACCACUAGGGCCUCUAGUGUCGAGAUCAAUGGGGAGAUCCAAAAGCGUAUUGAGGGACUGAAUUUUCUGGAUAUGGAGUUGUACAGCUAUGCAAAAGACCUCUUUCUGCAAAGGUAUCAAUUCAUGAGGCAGAAAGAGCAUCAGGAGGCCAGGCGGAAGCGCCAGGAGCAACGCAAAUUUCUGAAGGGACGAUUCCUUCAGACCCACUUUCAGAGUCAGGGCCAAGGGCAGAGCCGGAAUCCCGGUCAGAAUCAGAAUCAGAACCCAAACCAGAAUAAUGUGACUCACAAUCUGAUGCAGAAUCUGACUCAGAGUUCAAGUCAGAAAGAGAACCGAGUGAGGCAGAAGCAGAGCCCAGGCCAGGAGCAGAGUGACAACCCCACCAAUGGCACUCAUGACUACAUAGGCAGCGUAGAGAAAUGGCGUUAAGUGCCUGUGAAAGGCAUGUGUAUUUUGCUCUCAAAGUGCCACCCAAAAGAUGGCAUAUGUUAAAGAGGCAUAAAUAUCCAAACACAUCCUGCUUCCUUAAUCGUGGAAGUUUAAGAACGCUUAGAUGUUGCCUUUACAGUUGCCUUUCAAAUAAAUGUUAUACUGUGUGUGGGUAAAGCCAAUUUCAAUAUGUAAUUAAAUUGUCUUCGGUGGGGAGGGAAUUGGAACUAUUUAUGAAAUCCAAAAGCCAAACCACACUCACCACAAAUUGCUGUUUCGAUAUUUUAAGAAACUCUCACGUGAGGUAUGGAGAUAAAAGGAAAAUAUAAAAUGUGACCCUUUAACUUGUGGCUAAGUAACUGACUUGCAGUGAUUCACUGUUAAACAACAAAACCCAAUCUUGGAAACCCUGAUUCCAGACCUAAGCAUAAGUCAAAGCGUGAAAUGAAACACAGACCUUUCCUUUUCUUCUGAUUUUAACAAGGAGUCUAUUUAAAUAGAAUAACAACUGUUGAUAAAUUUUACCGAACUUUAGUAAAUAGUCACUCUCUCAAGUUUAGGUGGGUUUAUGGAAAAAAUAGUGGCUUUUCAAGUACAACAGGACCUAUAUCUUGCGUUGUAAGGGAUGAUUAAAGUUUUAAACUUUUUUUAAACGUUCUACUGUUGAAAGGUUUUAAACAGGGUGUAUCUCAUAGAAAACAAAAGCAUAAAUUUCCCAAUUGGAACACCAAUGUUAAGAAUCCAAUUUCUACAUGAUGUCAGGGCACUGUAAUUCCAACAGCUCUGGAAUCUUUUGGGCAAUGCCUCUCAUUCAUUUUCAAGCUUCUUGAAGUUGUGCUCAUUCCAAUCGAACCCGUGAAUAGCAGCUUUCUUCAUCAUGUACAUGGUGUGUUGCUGAAUAUAUUGUGGUAUUUAAUCCUGGAUUAAUGUCAGGACUUAACUUUCUGUAGAGUUGUCUUAUCAAUGUUUGUGCAGUGAGGUGCUUAUCAAGAAACUCUUGAAGAGAAAAAAAAUAUGUCUAAAAAUAUUGCUGACAUUAUUCUUGAUUGGAUUGAAUUGAACCUGAGUGUGAACAGUUCAUUACUUUUUGUACCUCUUUAUUGUAAUGUAUCCAGUUUGGCUGACUAUUUCUGGCCUAUUAGUUCUCCUUUGUAUUGACAGAUGUUUAGACAAUUGCAAGAACAA